AUGUCGGACUCCCAGGACAAGGGCAAAGGCCCCAAGCGCCAUGAGAGUGAGUCUGAAGACGCGGGCGCCGGCAGCGCCUCAGACAGUAGCAAGGGUACCCAGUCCCCGCCAUACAGCCCUCCCGAAGCCUUUACUGAAUUCUUGGAUGAUGCAGCUACCCCCUCCACCGGUUCCACGAAGAAGCUUCCCUCGAAGGUACUCAAGUCGCUUAUGGAAAUGAACCCGGCACUGAAGCAUGAGCUCGCCGGCAUGGACCAGGAUACGGCGGCGCAGACACUCGCGAAUCUGGACAUCUCGCAGUUGUUGACUGGCCUCUCAAUGGGCGGCGGGAAGAACCAGAAGGAUAUGGCUUCGUACAAGUUCUGGCAGACACAGCCUGUCCCGCAUUUCGAUGACCGGGCGCACCCGACUCCCGUUGCGCAGGGACCGAUCAAAAUGAUUGACCCGGAGAAGGUCUCGAAGACGCCGGACCCAUUGGUCGAGGGAUUUGAGUGGUGUACCCUUGACUUGACAAACGAGACUGAGCUGCAGGAACUGUACGAGUUGUUGAACAACCAUUAUGUGGAGGAUGACAAUGCCAUGUUCCGAUUCGCCUACUCGCAGUCCUUCUUGCACUGGGCCUUGAUGUCUCCGGGCUGGAAGAAGGAAUGGCAUGUCGGUGUCCGGGCGACCAAGUCCCGAAAGCUGGUUGCAUCGAUUUGCGGUGUUCCGACGGAAAUCCGUGUCCGCGGGGAGCGCCUCAAGGUGACCGAAAUUAACUUCCUCUGCAUUCACAAGAAGCUGCGCUCGAAGCGAUUGACCCCGGUCCUGAUCAAGGAGAUCACUCGCCGCUGCUAUGUCAAGGGUAUUUUCCAGGCCAUCUAUACUGGUGGUGUGAUCUUGCCCACCCCCGUUAGCUCCUGCCGAUACUACCACCGCGCCCUGGACUGGCUGAAGCUGUACGAGGUCGGGUUCUCGCCUCUUCCUCAUGGCUCGACGAAGGCUCGCCAGAUCACCAAAAACCACCUCCCUGCUACCACCUCGACCCCCGGCCUGCGGCCGAUGGAGUCUAAGGAUAUUGAUGCCGUUCACGACCUACUGGAACGAUACUUGCUCCGCUUCGACAUGAAUCAAGCUUUUACCCGGGAGGAGAUCGACCACUGGAUGCUGUAUAAGGAGCAGCCUGGCAAGGAGCAGGUUGUUUGGGCGUAUGUGGUGGAGGACCCGGAGACCAAGAAGAUCACCGACUUCGUCUCCUUCUACAACCUUGAGUCUACUGUCAUUGAUAACUCUAAGCACGAGCUUGUCCGUGCCGCUUACCUCUACUACUAUGCGACUGAGACUGCGUUUACCGACAACGCGAAGGCGCUUAAGGAGCGUCUCCAGCUUCUAAUGAACGAUGCGCUUAUCUGCGCUAAGCAGGCCAAGUUCGACGUCUUCAACGCCCUUACUUCGCACGACAACCCCAUGUUCCUCGAGCAGCUCAAAUUUGGUCCUGGCGAUGGUCAACUUCACUUCUACCUGUACAACUACCGCACGGCUGCCGUCCCCGGUGGAAUCAAUGACAAGAACCUGCCCGACGAGAAGAAGAUGGGCGGCGUGGGCAUUGUUAUGCUGUAG